AUGGGUGGCCUCCAACAUGAGACCUUCCUGCUUCAGUUUCCUGAGGAGCUGUCGUUACAUGCUACCGACCAACUUUUGUUCCCUACAAAUGGAAUGCUGCACCCAGCACUUCUGCGCCUGCUCCAUUUGUGCUCUGAGGAAGAGUUCUGUUACCCGCUGCACAGGUGGACGGACAGAGGAUUUGGAAAAGACUUGAAUUCCGAAAGCUUCAAAGGGCACCCUAGGCCAGGUCAUGAGCCUGGGCUGCUGCAGCUGGUGAAUUACUACAGGGGGGCUGACAAACUGUGUCGCAAAGCUUCUUUAGUGAAGCUAAUCAAAACAAGCCCGGAACUGGCUGAGUCCUAUACAUGGUUCCCAGAGUCCUAUGUGAUUUAUCCAACUAAUCUCAAGACCCCAGUUGCUCCAGCACAGAAUGGAAUUCAGCCACCAGUCAGUAAUUCAAGGACAGAUGAAAGAGAAUUCUUCCUGGCUUCUUAUAACAAAAAGAAAGAGGAUGGAGAAGGCAACAUUUGGAUUGCAAAGUCAUCAGCUGGUGCCAAAGGCGAAGGCAUCCUCAUCUCCUCAGAGUCAUCAGAGCUUCUGGAUUUCAUAGACAACCAGGGCCAGGUGCACGUGAUCCAGAAAUACCUUGAGCACCCUCUGCUUCUGGAGCCAGGGCACCGCAAGUUUGACAUUCGAAGCUGGGUCUUGGUGGACCAUCAGUAUAAUAUCUACCUCUAUAGAGAGGGUGUUCUCCGAACUGCUUCAGAACCGUAUCAUGUGGAUAAUUUCCAAGACAAGACCUGCCACUUGACCAAUCACUGCAUUCAAAAGGAGUACUCAAAGAACUAUGGAAAGUAUGAGGAAGGAAAUGAAAUGUUUUUUGAGGAGUUCAAUCAGUACUUAAUGAGUGCUUUGAACAUUACCUUGGAAGCUAGUAUCUUACAACAAAUCAAGCAUAUAAUAAGGAGCUGCCUCUUGAGUGUGGAGCCAGCCAUCAGCACCAGGUACCUCCCUUACCAGAGCUUCCAGCUCUUUGGCUUCGACUUCAUGGUGGACGAGGAGCUGAAGGUCUGGCUCAUUGAGGUCAACGGCGCCCCAGCUUGUGCUCAGAAGCUGUAUGCAGAACUGUGCCAGGGCAUCGUGGACUUAGCCAUAUCCAGUGUCUUCCCACCUCCAGAUAUGGAGCAGCAGCCACAGGCAGCUGUGUUCAUCAAGCUGUGACCAAUGGGGCACUCACAGCUGCCUUGGGAAAUGCAUCGGGUCCUGCUCCAUGGCCAGGAGAAAUGAACAGACUGCUCCUUAUCAAGCAAGAUGGGAGAGAGAGGCAACUUGAACAUGGGACAGAAGAGAACAGGAGAAGAAGAAGCAACUCCCAGAGCUGGCUGCUCAGGGAGCUGCCCUAUGGAGCUCUCAGCAGUGAAGUUGCAGUUGCGGAAACUGAGGCACAUGUUUCUGAGCAGGAAGCAGAAUGUUCAUCCAUGGAGUGAAAGCAGGGGUUCUCACCCUUAGGAAAUCUCUUUCUGCUUAGAUAGUAUUGGGAACAGAACCUGUCCUCCCAGGUAUGGCAGACCACCAGUACCACUACUUGGUCUUUCCAGCCACCCACUGCAGCCUUAAUGCCUUAGCUCUGUGCCCAGCUGCACCCUGGCUUUUUGGGACAGAGACUGGAUGUUAGAGCACUUUGGAGGUUGCCAUGUGUCCCUUGCUCAUCCUCUCCACAAUACUCUGUCUCCCUAAACUUUGGACAAGCAUGCACCAACAGUCUUAGUUUUGUGCCGUAUUGGCUUGUCAGCAAAGACUGCUCUCUUUGUCACCUUUCUGGUGAUAUGGGAGUUCUCUAGAUCGGGCCCAAACAGUACCCACUGCUUUCUCUCUCUGUCUGCUCUCUGCAUGUUUAGAAACAAAGCAACAAGUCUGCCAAACCUGUAAGCCUCAAUUAAGCAUGACAGAGGAAAAACCAUACGGUAUCUUGCUUUGCUUAAUAGGUUGGAUAUGUGUGUGCAUGUGGGGGAGGGCUCUUUGAAAUUGAUGAUUCUCAAUUUUAUUUUAAUCAGAAUGUUCACUGCAGAUCUGCAAAGUUCUCUUUCCUUCAAUUUUUAAAAAUUUAUAAAAUCCUGAGGGUUAGAAAGGUAGAAUUCCACAUCCCAUAUCCUCCCCAGAUGGCUGUGACACAGGUGGCUUCUCCUCUUUUUGAUCUCCCUGUGCUUCAUGCACUUUCUCUAAGAGCCGGAUGGGCAGGUUCCAUUCUGGGAAGGAUUCUGAGUGUGCCUGUGCCUGUAGGCCUCAAGAGAGAGGCUCUCUGAAUAAGUGUAUGUCCUGCUUAGAUGAGAAAGAGGUGAUUUCAGAGUUCCAUGCAGCUUCUUGUGUGUCUCAAAAAGGUGUACAUGAAGGAUGUGUUUUCUAAGUAUCGUCAACUAAUAUUUUGUAGGCUUCUCAGGAGGCCGCAUCACUAACAGUGGGAGAUGUUUUUUAUUUUCAGAGUGAAUUGAGUAGGCUUUUCUUAGAGUAUCCUGGAAAUCACAGCAGCAGAUACACAGGAAACUACUCCUCCCCAGGACAUGGUGUACUCCUUCUUGGUGUGUAUGUGUGCUCUGGUAUUCAUUUCUGCCUGGCAGGUCCUGCAGUCAGGUGAGACUUACAAAAGAAGAACACAAGCAUUAUCUCCUCAGAUAUGAUGAGAUGUGGAAGCUUCCAGUGAAAAAGGAAUAAUGAUAGAAAUUAUGUGCUACAGAUGGUGAUGGGUGAUUGGAUAUGAAGGUGUUAUAGUGAAGUGAAAAAGGUCCCUGCUCACAGGAACUGGGGAUUAUAGAAAGUCCUACUGGUUACCUGGAAUAUGGGGAAUCAAGUUUGCACCCAGACCGAAAUAAGAGCCAGUGGUAAGUCAAUCCUGGAGGUCCAACACAGCUGACAGGUUAGUGUGCAGGGACUCCUAAGAAUGGAAUGAGAUAUGAUCCCAUCACGCUGAGAUGCACACCCAUUUAGGAAGUAAGGGAUCUGGGUUCUUGGCAGGUCUGUGUGGGCUGGUGAUAGAGAAAGCCUGGAGGUUUCUGUGUGCUUUUGGACCAAAUCAUGGGAACAUUUCAGAGUUUUCCAGCUCAUAUAGUGACGGAGUUCAGAAUUCAGGUGUUAGAAAGUCUGUGAAUACUGAUAGAUUUUCUAAGAAACCUGAAUCCACUGUAUAUAUGUGAGUGAAGCAUGGCUUUAAGAAGUUACGGUUCAUUCCUCACAUAGCUCCCAGCAUGUACAUGUGUAAAGCAUACCUAUAAUGCAUUUAUUUCCAAUCACGUAGGAAGGUUGGCUCAGAACUGUCCUGUACCCUUCCAUGGUGCCCUGGGCACAGUUGGUCUUGCCUUACUCCCCAGUGUCAUUGGGUUGGUCCAGGUGAGCACUGCUGGUUGCUGGGAGAAGAGGUGUUAUUUAUUUGGAGAUGUUGAUUCUAGUCUUGGCUCUGUUGUUUGACUGCACAGUAUCAGAGGAGCCCCCUGACCUCUCUGUGCCUUAGUUUCUUAUCUCAUGGAAGAGAUUGUUGCCUGACCAGGGACUACCUCAAGGGCUUUUCAUGAGGACAAAUGAGAGUAGGAAAACUCAAGAGCCUUUAGUACCAUGCCGACUACAUGCUACAAACAUCUGUGAAACUUUUUUUUUUUUUUAAAUUUUGGUGCCUACACCUUCACUCUCCUCUCAGCCCUAGCUAAUUAAACUGAACUUCAGGCAUCAGCAGUGUCUUGAGAUGCCAUGAAUUACUGCCUAGAGAGAAAGAAAAAAAUACCUUAUUAUCUUGGAAGAAUCCUGUAAGGCUUAAGGCUUUUAAAAUAAUUCUUUCUGGAAACAGGCAUUUCUUUAAGAACAUCCAGGUGUUGACAUAUGUAUUCAUGGUACAAGCCAGUGUUGUCUAAGCAGGUUCUCUAUUUGCUUCUCAUUACAGUGUUUGGAAACUCAGAUAUGCUUAACAUAAAGCUUAUGAAGCCUUGACAACAAAUGUAAACAGAUAUGGAUUUAUAAAUCUACUAAAUAUGUGUUUAAUUAGUUAUGAGAGCAAAGCCCUUUCCCUCACAUGUAACUCCUAUGGUAAUUAUAAACUCCAUUUUAUCAAGAACA